AUGACGGCUUACGGUGCAGUGAAUUCGCUGAGGAAUACAAUUGAUUAUAUUCUCUAUUCUUCUCAUUAUAGCCUCGUUGAUCCCUCUCCACAUAUCAGACUAGACGCCUACAAGGAGUUGCGGCCCUUGCAAAAUAUUCUUGAAAAAUUGGACAGAACAAGAACAAGCAAGAGCAGGAAGAAGGUGAAUGCUUUGGAUAGAAGAAUCAAAGACUUGAUUUGGGAAUUCCAACACCUAUUGGAAACCAUUCUCCACCAACAGAUUCUUGGAAUUCCCUCACAACCACAGAUUCUUUCACAGUCUCCAAACCAAGUAGAAGAUGAAAGGAUGAAAGAGAGAGGCUUCUUGGAAUCCCUUCCCUCACAACCAAGAAGAAAAUUCAACACGCCAAGAAUCGCGAAUGAUGUUGAGGGUUGCAGAUUCUCCAUUGAUCUGCAAUUCCUACAACAUCAUGUUCCUUCCUUCAUCCAGAGGCUCAAGAAUAUGAAGGAGGAAUACAUUAAUGAAGUAGCCAAUAUGCCUGAAGACGACGACGACGACGAUCAAUCUAUUUCCUCAAGAACUGGGACCAAAUCCAAGAUGAUUGGAUUAUCGGAUCAAUUCAAAAAACUCAAAAUGACUAUUAAGCAUUGCGAGGGUCGUAGGUUCAUCGCACUUGUUGGAACUGCAGGCAUUGGGAAGACUGCUCUUGCUGAGGCAGUGUUUGAAGAUCCAGAAAUCAUUAGCCUUCUUAAGCAUCGCGUGUGGGUUACGGUAGGCAGAAGAUCUCAAUUUGCUGAUGUAUACCAAAGCAUUGUAGCUCAAAUGAAUGGAAAAUCUCAAGAAUUCGAGAGAAAGAAAUGCCUCAUUGUGCUCGAUGAUGUGUGGGAGAUGACUAUGUUUUCUUGUUCUUUUCAUCCGGUGCCGUUUUUGAAUGAAGAAGAAAGUAAGGAGCUACUGUGCGAGAAGGUGUUUGGUGAAGAGGGUUGCCCUUUUCACCUUGACAAAGCCGCUACCAAAAUAGCCAAGAACUGUGAAGGUCUUCCUCUCAUGAUAGUCAUAGUGGCUGACAUCAUAUCAAAAGCACAGAACAAUACAGACCCCAAAUACUGGGACGAUGUAGCAGAAAUGCGGAAUUCAGUUUUCACUGAUGCAUAUAAUGAGAUAUCAAAGAUUAUGAUAUCCCCAUAUACAAGCUCGUGA